GGUCAGCUGAAACAGCUGGCGGGAAAAAAACGAAGAGUUGUUCUGUAUAAACUUUAUAACUGUAUUAUUACUAUUAAAAAAAAAAACAUUGGUUGUUAAAUGAACCGCUUCCACAAUGGCACCAGUUAGAAUUAAACAUGUUGUCUCGUUCACGUCAGAGGACCCGAAGCACCGUGUGGUGAACCUGUGCUCUGGUGCUGGAGGAAGCGGGCCGUGGCUGUGUAGCACAGCAGAGCGGAGCGGCCUGCUCAAAGCUGAGCUGCAGCUGGACCGGGCUUCGACCAUCGCCUUUAUUGAUGUGGGAAACCAUGGCUCUGCGUUCGUUCAGGUGGACGUAGGCCGUUCGUCGUGGUCUAUAGAUCAUCCUUAUGUCACUCUGCUGCCCACUGCAACCCUGAUGAGCCCGGCUGAUUCACGACAAGGCACAAGAAAGCACAGUGUGCGCAUGUUCAAAAAAGGGGACUUCUUGCCCGAGGCUGCUGAAGAGAGCUGGGACAGGCUGAGGGUCACCUGUAGUCAGCCCUUCAACAAGCGCAACCAGUUUGGCCUGUCUUUCUUUCGUGUCCGCUCUGCUGACGAACACACUGAAGAGCCAUCUGCCAAUAAGGAGAACACAAAUAGCAAAAAUCAGAGUACACCAGAUAAGAUGUGGUCAAUCAGAGAGUGGAUCUCCAGCCCUCCUGUACAACACACCUUCUUUGGUCAAAAGACAGGAGAAAGCUCUCCAGGAGAACCCACAAAGGAUCGUGGGAAGCUGAGCAGGGCAGAGCGCAUGGUUACAGCUGCACAGUCAGUCAGGCGCUCUCUAAACAAAACCUCCUGCGAUUCAUUCAUCAGCCGUGGUGAGAGACAGGAGAGGACUCAGACCCCACAGCAUGGUCCAGCCAGGACUCCUCAGGCAUGCAGGAGAAAGUCAGAAACAAUACAAGAGCAGGAAAGUGUGUCCUCUACCCCAAAAAGGUCCAGAGGUGGUACAUCAGACGUUACUGCCACCAAGAAGAAAAAUGAUGCACUCAGACACAGCCCUGUUAAAUCUCAUAUACCAGGAGCAACAUCACAUUAUCCUGAACCACCUGAGACCGUAUGCCCAAUAUGUGGAGUGUCUUUUAGCCCGGACUUAUUGCCCCUUCAUGCCUCUUCCUGUCUGGAUUUUGGUUCAGUUGAGUUCUCGAGUGUCAUGGACAGAGAACCUGGGUCAUCUUUUUCCUUUCAUCCACCUUCUGGUCUAAGCACAGAUGAGCUCAUGGUCCCAUGUCCUCUGUGCUCCUUCAGGUUCCCUAUAGACUGCAUCCAACAGCAUGCCAGUACUUGUGGUGACACUGUGUGGUCAGAGCAAUGGCGCGAGAUUGUGAACAAAAAGUUGCGCUUUCCCCCGGAGCUCAUCAGCGCCAUUCAAGAGGGGAACGUGUCUGUAAUCGGUAACCUGCUGAAGACUGGCGACGGCAUCAUCCGCCAGCUGGAAGACUCAGAAGACAGGCAGUGGAGAGAAGCACUGAACCUGUCCAUCCGCCUGGGCAACGAGGACUGCAUGGUUACUCUGCUCCAUGGAGUCAAGUUUGAUUUCCGGCAGAUCCACGAGGCUCUUUUGGUGGCUGUUGACACUAACCAGCCACGUAUUGUGAAGCGCCUUCUCGACCGGCUCGAUCAAGAGAAGGGCAACAAGAUGGAUGUGCACUCUUUCAACCAGGCCAUUUUUGACCAUUCCAUUGAUGACUCUCAGUUUGCCCCUGGGGUGACACCCUUGACACUGGCCUGCCAGAAGGAUCUAUAUGACAUUGUGAUCAUGCUCACACAGAAAGGCCAUGUCAUCCCAUGGCCCCACAAGGUCUCCUGUGCUUGUCUUGAGUGCCGGAACGGACGCCAGUAUGACUUGCUCAAGUUCUCACUGUCACGCAUUAACACCUACCGUGGCCUUGCCAGCCGGGCAUACUUGUCCAUCACUGCUGAGGAUGCCAUGUUGAGUGCUUUUUAUCUAAGUCGGGAUCUUCGCAAACUCUCUAAGAGGGAACCGGAGUUUAAGCCACAGUACCUUGCACUUGAGGAGCUGUGUCAGGAUUUUGCCGUGGAAUUGCUGGCAAUGUGCCGGAAUCAGAGUGAGGUCACCACCAUUCUCAACAGUUUUGGGCUUGAAGAUGCCAGCAGUCAAGAAGAGCUGAAUAAACACUCAUUUGAAGAGGGCAUACCAAACCUGGGCCGAUUACGACUUGCUGUGAACUACAACCAGAAAGAGUUCGUAGCCCAUCCAAUCUGCCAGCAGGUUCUUUCAUCCAUCUGGUCUGGAAACUUGUCUGGUUGGAAAGGCAGCAGGACUGCUUGGAAACUCCUGGUGUGUCUGGGGAUCUUUUUCACCAUGCCUUUCCUCUGCCUCAUUUACUGGAUUGCCCCAAAGUCAAAGGUGGGAAAGAUUUUGAAGGUUCCAGUGAUUAAAUUCAUCCUUCACUCGGCCUCCUACUUGUGGUUCCUCAUCACACUGUUAGCGGAAUCCAUUUUCAUGGAACUGUUUCGUGAGACGUUUUCAAGCAGGCAUCAGACCAUACUAUACACCUCUAUCCACAUGGUGUGGGUGGCUGGGUUUUUCUGGUUUGAGUGUAAGGAGAUCUGGAUCGAAGGCUUGAGGAGCUAUUUCCUGGAUUUGUGGAACUGUCUGGAUAUGAUUGUGCUCAGCAUGUAUCUGGCCUCUUUUGCCCUGCGAGUGGUGAUUCUGGUUAAAGGCUACAUUCUGUGCCAGUCACCAGAAAGUGAACAUUGUCUCUAUUUUACCCAGUCUGAUCGUCAUGAGUGGCAUCAGGAGGACCCUCAGCUAAUAGCUGAAGUGCUCUUUGCUGUCACCAGCAUGCUGAGUUUCACACGUUUGGCCUACAUCCUGCCUGCACAAGAGUCUCUGGGAACCCUGCAGAUCUCUAUGGGAAAGAUGAUUGAUGAUAUGAUCAGGUUCUUGUUUAUAUUGAUGAUCAUUGGUACAGCCUUUUUGUGUGGCAUCAACAAUAUCUACGUUUCUUACAUCAACUCUGAUUAUCUUGGAAGGUUUAAUGAGACCUUCCAGUUCCUGUUCUGGACAAUGUUUGGUGUUGUCAAUAAAGAAUAUGUGGAUAUGCCUGAUUAUGUUUUGGCUGAGUUUGUGGGCAGAAUCCUGUAUGGCAUCUUUACCCUACUGAUCGUCAUUGUGCUACUUAACAUGUUCAUUGCUAUGAUCACAAAUUCUUAUCAGAAGAUUGAGGAUGAUGCGGAUGUGGAGUGGAAAUUUGCUCGCUCCAAACUCUAUCUGAGCUACUUCAGGGAGGGACUCACGAUGCCUGUUCCCUUCAACAUCAUUCCCUCACCAAAAGCUUUCUUCUACCUCCUACGAAAGCUCUGUUGCUGUUGCAACUUUAAUUCCACCGUGGACUAUCCACCCAUCGGCUCUAUGUCUAAUGAGACAGAUGAAAAUACGUCGUACAGAAAUCGGGUGAUCCAGGCUUUAGUGCAUCGCUAUAUUGAAUCUGCCAGGAGAACGUUUGAGGAGACGAAGCGCAAAGAUGUUGGAAACCGGAUCACAGAGCUGAAUAAAGUGGUUGGACAUCUACACGGUGAGAUGAAGCAAAUUCACCAGACGCUGUUAGACAUGGAUAAUAAACGACUGGAUCCUUCCGGACAAAGUGCUUCCUCCAUCCUAGGGAAGUACAUCCAGGGAGCCAAAAACAACUUCCGCAAUUUUAGCUAUGGCCUGCCGUCAGACAGCAAAAGUACCCCUUUGCUGGCCAACAUCCACCACCCGAAUUCUGAAGAUGUAGGCAAUGUGAAGGGAGAGGAGAUAAAAGACACGGCUGAGAUUGCUGAAGCUAAGAUAGAGAAGGAGGAAACGGUUGAUGAGAUCAGGGAACAGGUGGGUGAAGAUCAGUCUGGUGGUGAUCAGUCUGGUGAUGAUCAGUCUAGGUAUGAUCAGUCUGGUGAUGAUCAGUCUGGUGGUGAUCAGUCUAGAUAUGAUCAGUCUGGUGGUGAUCAGUCUGGUGGUGAUCAGUCUAGGUAUGAUCAGUCUGGUUAUGGAAGUAAGGCAGAGAAGGAUGGAGCCAGUAACAAGAUCAUGGAAGAGGAGAGUAAUGAUCAGACUGCACUUGAAGAUGAAACAACGCUGAUGGAGGAAGGGAGAGUCCAUGAAGGACAAGAAGUAUCACUCAUCGGCAACAGUGGCUCUCGGGACACCGGGUUUGGUUCUCAAGAGUCAAAACUCUCCACUCACAGUUCUGAGUAAUUAUAACAAAAUAUCUCCCUGGGUUCAUUCUGAACUACACCAGCUGUUAGAAAAUAACCAGCCUGCUAUAAAUGAGCCUUUUAACAUCUUAAACAUUUCUGUAGCCAAACGCAAUUCUUAAGUUGUAGUCCAUACAUUUGUAAAUCUGUCAUUUGUACCCUAGAUUUUGUGUACAGUCCUUGUGUGACUUUUGGAAAUCCACAGUUCUGAAUUUGAUCCUGAUCUGUUGUCCCAAUGUCUGCUGCACUUCCCACCCCUCAGAAACCUGCCAGUAGAUGGUUUGGCUAGGAUCUAAUGCCCUCAAGUGUAUGUAUGCUUGGUGCCCUGUGAAGGACUGCCACCCCAUCCAGGGUAUAUCCCAUUCCUGGCAUAGGCUCUGGAUUCACUUCGACCUUGACCAGGAUGAGUGCUUAUUGAAAGCAAUGAGUAUGUUGUUGUGAUUGAUAGAAAUAUUAAUCCCUGCCCCUGCAGCUGUCUAUAGCCACCAACUCGCCAUAUAUUCUUACCUAAUCACAGCCU